AUGAACAAUAAUCUCUUCCCACCACUUGCUCUUCACUACAUGAUUUUCACACUCUUCUGCAUCUUGAUCGCCAUCCCUUCAUCUUACUGUGAUGAUGAGCUGUACGAGGCAUGCAGGAACCCCCACCCUUUCUCAUGUGGUGGGUCGGUUGUAUUGAAUUUAUUGUAUCCUUUCUGGGGAGACGGAAGGCGGCGGGAGUGUGGUAAAAAUGAAUUCGAGCUCACUUGUGAAGACGAUCUGCAUCCUAUAAUAAACUUUCCAUCUCAAAAGUUUCGAGUUUUGGACAUCAACACAAAUGAUCAAACAGUGACAAUUUUAAGAUAUGAUCAUAACUGGGACCUUACUGUUUGUCCUGAAAGACCCGCCGUGAGCGUUAAUUUCAACGGAUUUCUCUCCAAUUACAGCUCAAACGUUCGAAACCUCAGUUUAUUCUAUAAUUGUACUGAUAAAUCGCCACCGGGUUCAAAUACUUAUACUUGUCGUCAACAAGGAAGUGAAGAUAGGAAAGGCUUUUACACAAUUGAUGACGAGCCAGACUAUUUUCCAAAUCUUACCAAUACAUGUGGCAAUGUUACAAAAGUCCCCAUUCUGUUCACUGCUGCUCUAGAUAAGAACAAGAAUGAACCUCAAAAUGACCUGGAAUGGCUGAGAGAAAUUUUAGAUAUGGGGUUACAAGUGAAGUAUGAGGCAGAGAACCGGCUCUGUUCUGCAUGUCAAUCUUCUGCUGGGAUAUGCGGAUCUAAUUAUUCAAAUUCAGGGGAAUUUGUGUGCUUUUGCCGUGACAAACCUUGCCCUCAUACCUGUCCUGUUAUGAAUGGUAUGCAUGCUCUGCCCACGCUCUUCCUUAUUCAUAUUUCUUUACGUUGCAUAUACUCUAAUUUCUCUUUGGUUUAA